GAAAAAGAGGCGUCGCCAGGAUCACUUUACAUGACUCACAGACGUCAUCGGAGAGAGAGAAAGAGAGAGAGAUGCUGAAAUACUGAAGGCUGUGGCAGGAUCACAGUCAGUCCUACUAUCAGCGAUAAAGAUCCUGGAAAUGUUCAGGUUUAUCUGUCAUGGAUGCAAAUAUGAUACCAAAAUUCACCUCCAAAGACGAGGAAAUUGACUUUUGGAAGGCUCUUUCACUCAAGUACAAGAAAAGUUAUAAGGAGGCACAGGAGGAGUUGCUGGAGUUCCAAGAGGGGAGCAGAGAGCUGGAGACCGAGCUGGAGACACAACUGGGCCAAGCAGAGCAUCGCAUCAGAGACCUGCAGGCGGACAACGAGAGACUGCAGCAUGAGCUCGACUCGCUCAAGGAGAAGCUAGAGUAUCAGUAUGCUCAGAGCUAUAAACAGAUCUCCGUGCUGGAGGACGACCUCAGCCAGACUCGAGGCAUCAAAGAGCAGCUGCAUAAAUAUGUCAGAGAGCUAGAGCAGGCCAAUGACGACCUGGAGAGAGCUAAGAGAGCCACGAUAACAUCUCUGGAGGACUUUGAGCAGAGGCUGAACCAGGCCAUCGAGAGGAACGCCUUUCUGGAGAGCGAACUGGAUGAGAAGGAGUCUCUCCUGGUGUCUGUGCAGAGACUGAAAGAUGAAGCCAGAGAUUUGCGGCAAGAGCUUGCGGUGCGAGAGAGCCGGCCAGAGGUGAUGCGAAUGUCGGCCCCCAGCUCUCCGACUGCAGACAGUGACAAAACAGACUCCGCAGUCCAGGCGUCCCUGUCUAUGCCAGCUACACCGCUCAGCAAGACCCUGGACAAUGCUUUCACCAGCCAGACAGCUCUGGCCAACAGCUCCACUAAUGCAGCCCUCACGCCGUCUGCCAGAAUAUCAGCGCUCAAUAUUGUAGGGGACUUACUGCGCAAAGUUGGGGCUUUAGAGUCCAAGCUCGCAGCCUGUCGAAAUUUUGCCAAGGACCAGGCAGCCAGGAAGAACUAUGUCACAAACGUCAACGGAAAUCUGAUUAACGGGGACAUUUCAAAUUACUCUCACUCUCUCCACACAUCCUACUUCGACAAAGCCAGAAGAGAGAGGGUCAUUUUCCCUGCGUUGCUUCUGGCAGGACAGUGAACGGUUUGGACCCGGGCGCCGUGACGAACAUCACAGCUCCGCCGCGCUCCAACUCUCCAUCCAGCCUGGUGCUCAGCGUGUGACCCUCAGACACACACAAACUCCAUCACAACCACUAUACAGCAAUAUACCAAUUCACUACUUGAGACUACAGUGGGUUACAAUGCAGUUAGUAAUGGUAGCCCUACUGUAGCAGGCAACAUCUCAUACUAGUCUCUGCGCUGCAAUAUACUACAUUUUACUGCUGAAGUACUUGUUAAUAGUUCUUAAAAAGUGUAUAAACCCAUCUAAUAUAUUUAUGGUUACUGCUUAUUUAGGUAUAAGCAUAUAUGUACAUAUUUAAUUUAGUUUUCUCUGUUGUUUGCAAAUGUGAUGUCUUUUACCACAGUCCAAAAAUGUAUUUAUUGCUACAGUGUUGGAUGGCAAUGUAUGUGAAAGCUGAAAACAAAGGGAAUUUAUGUUAUUAAUAUAUGUUGAAGGAGAAAAGAAGAUGUAGGGUGGAGAUUUGACUAUCUAGACUUACACGUGCACUUAUAUGUCAUGGAAACUGUUUUCUAUUUUUAUCCCUGAUGUUUUGUAUUGGUUCACAAGGUCAUUUUAUUUUGGUAGGAUCUAUAGUAAGUUCUAAUGUGUGCCUGAGAUGGGUAAACUUCCCCUAUUUUUGUCCCCUGACAUGUUGCCUGGUGUAAGUGUGAAACAUCUUUAGAGUUGCACACAAAAGGUUUGUUUUGGUUCCAGCUGGUUUGCAUUUUAAACACUGGUUCGGUUAUAUUGACAAUCGACUGUUGUAGUGAUACGGUGUGACGACUUUUGCAGGUUGGUUUCACAGCCUCAUAGUAUUUGUUGGAAUAUCCAUAAAUUAUUUUUCUCCUUGCUGUGAAUUCCAAAUCUUAUUCAUUUUGGUUAGUGCAAUGUGUUCCAAAAGCACUUUUUGUUACGUUUGCUUGCUCAAAUAAAUGCUAGUGUUCUCAUGA